AGCAGGCAGGGGGAAACAAAAUACCCAAUAAAGACAAGAUAUAUUACCAACUAAAAAUUAAUAUUUAUAAUAGAUAUUCCAAUUCCAAAAGAAUAGAAAACGUACUAAUUAGCUACAAAAUAUACCUCACGUGUUAAAACGAUUUAUAAAAGAAUUUGGAACAUUAAAAUAAAAUAAAUUAAUAAAUAAAAAUGCUCGUGAAAUUUGCCUUGAGGAACGCCAAUACAAAACUAAUCAAACGCUUCUUAGAAAUCCGUCCCGUAUUCGUUAUUUCCAAAAAGUAUCUGUCUCAAAACCAGUACAACGAUUGCGAAGGCCUAUUCAAGUGCUACAGUGACGAUGGGGGUAAUUUCGGUGAUAAAUAUAAACCUUUGAGUGGUGAUGACUAUGACAGAUUCAUCAGUGACAGAGCUAAGAAGAGAGAACCAGCUUUGACGAGGCUUGUUACACAAUUAGCGUACGAAGCGGGUGGCAAGAUGGUGUCUCUAGCUGAGGGUAUGCCCAACGAGGAAAUGUUUCCGUUCAGCAGAAUGCAGCUGCAGCUGAAGGACGGACGAGCGAUGGACGUGGAGGGCUCCGAGCUGGCGGCUGCGCUGCAGUACGUGCCUUCACAGGGUCUACCAGCUUUACUCGCCCGCCUCCAGGAGUUCCAAGAGUUGGUCCACCGCCCUCCACCAGCAGACCGCCGCAUCAUCGUCACUAACGGCGCGCAACAAGCCGUCUACCAGUGCUUGGAUCUGUUGCUGGAGCCAGGAGACCCGGUCAUCAUCAGCGAGUAUGCCUACACCGGGACCUGCAUUGCUAUGAAACCAUACAGUCCGGAGAUUUUGAGCAUUCCAGAGGAUUCGGAAGGAAUACGUCCUGAGGCUAUAGAAGCAAUACUACAAUCGCGUUUGGCGAAGGGUCUGAAGAUGCCCAGAUUGUUGUAUACUAUCCCCACUGGGAACAAUCCCACAGGGACCGUCCUCCCUGAGGACAGGCGGAGGAGGAUAUAUGAGCUCGCUUGUGAAUACGACUUCCUCAUUCUUGAGGAUGAUCCGUAUAUGUUCUUGAGUUAUAAAGAGAGGCCAGUGCCGUCGUUCCUGUCGCUGGACGUGUGCGGGCGCGUGGUGCGCGUGGACUCUCUGUCCAAGCCGGUGGCGGCCGGGCUGCGCGCGGGCUGGGCGCAGGCGCCCGCGCCGCUGGCCGCGCGCCUGCUGCUGCACGCGCAGGCGCAGACGCUGCACCCGUGCGCGCUGGCGCAGACGAUCAUCUCUCGCUUGCUCUCCGACCUGCCCUCUCUCGCGGCCCACUUCCUCUCCGCGCGCUCGUUCUACAAGAAUCGCCGCGACGCGUUGCACCGCGCGCUAUGUCGCGCCGACGCGACACAUGUCGCGGAGUGGACGCUGCCAGACGCCGGGCUGUUUCUCUGGCUGAAGGUGCGGGAGGUGGACGAUGUUUAUAGUAUGGUUUUCAACACCGCAUUCCAACGUGGCCUCAUGUUGAUUCCCGGUCAUGCAUUUUUGUAUGACAGUGGCGCCCCCUCGCAGCACAUCCGCCUAACGUUCAGCAAGGUGGCCAUGAAGGACAUGGAGGCAGCAGCGCGCACUCUGGUGGCCGUCAUACGGGAUGAACAACGGAACGCGGCGAGUAAGCGGUUGCAUCGUUCCGCUACUACAUAAUAGAUGGCGCUGUACGGUAAUACUUUUAAGAAGUAAGUUUAAAUUGUACUUAUCAUAUAAAAAAACAUUUAUAUAUUUUUUUGUAAAAUAUUAGAAUUUGGUAUAUAUGACCAGGUUUAUUGCAUUGGACUAGUAAAAUUAUAAUUUUGGAACUACCAUGUAGUGAGUAGUAUUUCUACUCGACACUAGAUGGCGCUAGUGACAAUUUAAAUACGCUGUUUGAAUGGUACGUUUAAAAGUAUAUACGUCGAGAUUAUAUUUGAAAGUUCCGAAGGUUAACAUGUAUUUUGUAAGUAUAAUAUUUUAACUGAAAUGUAAUAUUCUAUUUAUUUAUAGUUUAAUGUGAAUUUUUAUACACGUAGCACUAUUAUGUAAGUAUUUUAUGUUACAGUACUAAGUACCUAUUUACUCUCUGUUGAAUAAAAGU